ACCGAUAAAAAGUUUAUAACAAAUAUACAAAUUGAGCAACAAGCGAGGCGAAGAUCUGUAAAAUCAGCAUUUUUAAAGGGGGGGGGGGUUACAAAGGGAAAAGUGAGAUAAAGGGCGAAAGAAUGGCAAGAGCAGGAGGGAUAACGAACGCCGUGAACGUAGGGAUAGCAGUCCAAGCAGAUUGGGAGAAUCGCGAAUUUAUCUCUCACAUUUCCCUCAAUGUUCGCCGCCUCUUUGAGUUUCUCCUCCAAUUCGAGGCUACAACGAAGAGCAAAUUAACAUCACUGAACGAGAAACUCGACACCCUGGAACGUCGUUUGGAGCUUCUUGAAGUUCAAGUUGGAACUGCUUCCGCUAACCCUUCUCUUUUCAGUACGUGAUUCACUUUGUUUGUGUGUACAGUAACAUUGUUGACUGGUGAAAUUUGUUGUUCGUUUCUUUCGAUUCUGUCUUAUUUGUAAGACAUUAGCAUCUCGCCGUUGCUUUUUCUAUAAUUCAUCUUUCCCUUGAUUGUAUUU